AUUAACUUACAAGGGAAGCGGAUCGUUCUCAACCAUUUCACAAACUUCAACUGUCAGCUCUACUUGCGAAACCCUAUUUUUCUGAAUUAAAGCGAUUUGGAUAGCCAUGACUGGAUUUGGCCAUGGAUUGCGUGUACUUCGGAGACAGAUGCAUCUCCCUCAUCAACGUGAAUGUCCAUCAGAGAUUCUAAAGGGACAGAUCGCAGAGUUGGAGAGACGUAGGAAGGGGAGGAAAAAUCCGAAGAAGGAUCAGUUCAUUGUGGAUGUUCCUGAAUCAAAAUCAUUCCUUGACACUGCUUCUAUGCCCAUGAUUCUCACUGCCGUUGGAGUUGCUCUCUUUGCUAAACUCCUAAUGAUGUAUGAUGAGUCAAGAUCUGAAGAGUUGAUAGAGCGCAAAAUAAAAAAUGCCCCCCCAGGUCAAGGAACUGUGAGGAUGCUCAGUCGUGAGGAGUGGGAGGAAAUUCGAGAUGUUCGACCAAGGACUCCUUUUGAAUCCAAGCUUGCUCGUCCAAAUGCAAGAAUUAGAACUGGAGAACCUUUACACAUGGAGGAUUUGAAGGACUGGACAAUUGAUGUGCUGACAGAUGCACUUGCUCGGGCUGAAGAAAGUGUUAGACAUGGUUCCACUUCCAAAUGACUGCUCUCAAGUGCCUCCUAAAUUUGGAAACAAUGUCAAACUCACCUGAACGCCUGUUUGGUCAUGCAAAAUUGUUUAUCGUUCAACUCCAGGAAUGUGGUUUGAAUGAUGGUUGAGGAUAAUCCGGCAUGCAGCAGCGAUCAAUCAGGAUAGAGAGAGUAGGUAAUAAAAUGUGUCUGGAUUGCAAUCUGGUGGUGGAAAAGCAUGGAUAUUGCUGGUUCUUUAUUUGUAUCUUGGUUUCAGAGGAGCAGGAUACAACCAUCUAGGUGUUGCAGCUGGGUAUUGUAAACGAGUCCGAAGAAGAUGUACACUUCUCAUAACAUAUUAAUUAUCAAAACUUUAUGCAUUUCUAUCUUAUUGCAUUUGGUUGAAAAAGUGUAAAAUCUUGUGCCAUCUCUGAUGCAUGUUUGCCUCUAUGGUAUCUUAAUGAAAGAUAACAAAUCAAACCGAAUCAACUUAUACUAGGUGGAUUGUCUUUUUGUUUUUUGUUUUUAUGAAAUGUAGCUUGACUGCUCAACAAUAUACUUGUAUUUUAUUUGUAGAUCUUUUUUCUAUGAGUUCAACGAGGCGAGGGAUUUUUAGGAAAGUAAAUAAUGUGACUAUUUGACCUUA